AUGCCCUUGUGCCAAUUUCUCACUCUGCCGUUGGUUGGGGUGGCGAGCGAUGCGUAUGGCCGAAAGAAGACGCUACUAGUCGUGUAUUGCCUUUCGAACAUCAGCCUGCUAUUUACAGAUCUGUUUGUUUUUUUCGACGUCUCCUACUGGUUUGCGAUUGCAAUCAAUCCGUUUCUGAAUGCCCAGCUCGUCACCACCAUUCUGAACGCCUCGUGCGUGGACCUCCUGGACAGCCAAGACAGAUCUGCAGGUAUUGCUCUCAUCUCGUCACUGGACACCGUGGCGUAUAUGAUAGGUUUGGUUACCGGAAUGCAUCUAACUUUGCAUCGCAACUUCUUAAUCGCCACCUGUUUGGUGCCAGUCUGCGCCAUCUGGUGUUACCUUGUCUUUCCAGAGACCCUUCCGGCAGAGAAGCGGCACUUCACCAUGAAUUACCGGAAUUUCCUGCCAUGGGAUUCGCUGCCAAUCUUGUGGCGGACGAACACUUUGAUGCGUCUCUCUAUAGUCACGGGAAUCGCGGCCUUUGUUGAUCAAAGCAGCUCCCGCAUGAUGGGCACCUACUACCAGCGCAUUAUGAACUGGACUGCGAAGGACAACUACGUGUUCGAGUCAUGCUGGGACUUCAGCAUGAUCGUAUGGCUUACGUUUCUCUUCCCGCUCCUAGUGAUUUAUGCUGGGGAGAUUGGAACCAUGGCGUUCGGACGACUAGUCGGCAGUCUCUAUUGCUUCGUUGCAGUCUUCGUCAGAAAGCCAAGCCACGCUUUUGCGAACUGCUUGCUGUGCGCAGGGCCAAUGACCUUUGCCUUGCCAGCCGUGGCCGGGUUGAAGAGCCGGCUCGUGCACGAAGAAGAACAGGGCCGCAUGCAGUCUGCGAUCAGCACGGUCUAUGUGGUUUCUGGGAGCGUCGGGACGGUGAUUGGUGGAAUCUUCUUCGAAGAGUUUGGCAAUGUCAGCGAUACCGGUUCGUUUGACAAGCUUUACAUCUUGGCAGCGGGUCUGGUCUUGCUGAACUUGGCUGGAAUGCUCACAUCUUUUGGUCUCUUCUAUGACCUCUUUGGCAGAACCUAUCACCUGAUGGACGAGCGCGCAAGAGCCAUGUUUCCCAGCAUGAAGCGGGAAUUGUCAGGGGAAGAAAAUGCGCUGCGGGGAAGCCUCGAGAACAGCCCUGAGACGACAUCGACGACAACGACAUACGGAAGCGCAACUGCUUGA